UUCCUCGAUAGCCGGAAAACUGCCCAUUCGUCCAUCCUUGAAGUCAGCGACUCAAACUCUCUAUGGAAACGGCUGCACAGAACAAUGGGUCACUCGUCAUACUCCACAAUGCAGUGAUCGUUACUAUGGACGCUCAAAGCCGCGUCUUUCUGAAAGGCGCGGUUGCUAUUCGAAGCGAUACAAUCAUCGCCAUCGGUCAAUCCGCUGACAUUCUUCUAAAAUUCUCGUCGUUUUCAGCUCAAGUCAUCGAUCUCCAUGGCCAAUUUCUCCUCCCAGGGUUCAUAAACACGCACGUCCACACGUCUCAGCAGCUCGGAAGAGGAAUUGCCGAUGACGUCGAUUUGCUGACUUGGUUACACCAUCGCGUUUGGCCGUACGAGUCGAACAUGAGCGAGGAAGACUCUUACAUUUCCGCUUUGCUCUGCGGAAUUGAACUCAUACACUCCGGUGUUACAUGCUUUGCGGAAGCAGGAGGGCAGCAUGUAUCAGGAAUGGCGAGGGCAGUGGAAUUACUCGGCAUACGAGCAUGUUUAACAGAGUCCAUAAUGGAUUCAGGUGAGGGAUUACCUGAAUCCUGGGCUACUAGGACUACAGAAGAGUGUAUUCAGUCACAAAAGGACCUUUACAAGAAGCACCACAAUACAGCAGAUGGGCGGAUUAAAGUAUGGUUUGGAAUACGGCAAAUUAUGAAUGCAACUGAUAAUUUAUUAAUGAAAACAAGAGACAUGGCAAAAGAACUAGAAACUGGAAUACAUAUGCAUGUUGCAGAGAUACCCUAUGAAAACCAGCAUGUUGUUGCCACAAGAGAAGUUGAUCAUGGAACUGUUGCAUACCUUAACAGUAUCAACUUUCUAGAGAAAAAUCUGCUGGCAGCGCAUACUGUAUGGGUCAAUAAGGAUGAGGUUGAUAUUCUUUCAAAUGCCGGGGUUAAAGUUUCACAUUGUCCAGCUGCUGCAAUGCGAAUGCUUGGAUUUGCACCCAUAAGAGAAAUGCUCAGUGCAGGGAUUUGUGUAUCCUUGGGAACUGAUGGUGCACCAUCAAAUAAUAGAAUGAGCAUUGUUGAUGAGAUGUACCUAGCUUCUUUAAUCAACAAAGGUCGGGAAGUUUUUGCCAAGGGAACCACUGAUCCAACAAUAUUUCCCGCUGAAACAAUUCUGAAGAUGGUAACAAUUAAUGGUGCCAAAUCAGUACUUUGGGACAAGGAAAUAGGAUCACUUGAGGUGGGGAAAAAGGCUGAUAUGAUUGUCGUCAAUCCUUCUUCAUGGUCCAUGAUGCCUAUUCAUGACUGCAUUUCAAGCUUGGUAUAUAGCAUGAGAACUGAGAAUAUGGUAUCUGUCAUAUGUAAUGGGCGUUGGAUUAUGAAGGAUAAGAAGAUCCUGACGGUGGAUGAAGCAGAAGUCUUAGACGCAGCUAAGCAUGCCUCCAUUGAACUUCUGAGGAGGGCUGGUAUCCAGAUUCCUAGCAGAAUGAACGUGAUGUAAAGUGUGAAACCCUUCUACUAUCUGUGUUCAUCCCUUUUAUUUCUACAACAACAAUAAUAGUUGUACCAAAACUUGAACUAUAUGUACUUAUGUAGUGUGCGAUUAAUAUUGGGAACAGAUACUACAUUGUAACCGAGUCAGUAGUACUAAAAAAAAAUAUUAUUUUUUCACCUUUCAA